AUGACUAAAAGAAGGACUCCGAUUGCUCGUGUUCCAGUGAUGGCGAAGCAAGUCCUGGACCUGUUCAGCUUGUACACGCUUGUGGUAGAAAGAGGAGGACUGGUAGAAGUUAUCCAGAGAAAAAUCUGGCGAGAGAUAACAAAAGGAUUGAAGCUCCCGAAUUCCAUUACUUCUGCGGCUUUUACGCUCAGAACUCAGUACAUGAAAUAUUUGUACCCAUUUGAAUGUCACAAGGAAAAUCUCUCAUCAUUCGAAGAUUUACAAAAUGCCAUCGACGGGAACAAAAGAGACAACAGAAGAAACAACGAUCGCUCAUUAGAACCGCUCAUCAACCCUUUUCAGUCGCAAAUAAUUCCUCAUGUGUUGCGACUGCAUCAACCCUUUAGUUCUUUGUAUCGUCCGAUUCCGAGUUUCCAAAAUGGAAAAAGAUCGCUUCCAUGGACUUCUGAAAUUCCUUUAACUUGCGAAAAGAAAGUGAAAGUUACUGUUGAGUUCGAAGGUACUGUUUAUUCAGGAGUAUUGCAGCAGAAAUAA